AUGGUGUCCGUGCUGUUCGUGUGUCUGGGCAACAUCUGCCGCAGCCCCGCUGGCGAGGCCGUGCUCAAGGGCAUCGUGGCCAAGAAGGCGGGCGCCGACGCGUCCUCGUUCCACAUCGACUCGUGCGGCACCGGCGGCGGCAACCCCAACUGGUACGGCGCCGGCGGCUGGUCGUACCACGAGGGCGACGCGGCCGACUCGCGCAUGACCAAGGAGGCCAAGAAGCGCGGCUAUGCCAUGACAUCGCGCUCGCGGCCGCUCAACAAGCAGGACAUCGACGAGUUCGACUACAUCAUCUGCAUGGAGGACAAGAACAAGACGGCGGUGCUCGAGGCCGCGGAGGCCUGGGGCGGCGCGCCGUGUCGCGACCUCGCCAAGCAGAAGAUCUCCAUGAUGACCAACUACUGCAAGACCUUCAAGGACGCCACGCGCGUGCCCGAUCCGUGGUACGAAGGCGGAUUCGAUCAUGUGCUUGAUCUAUUGGAGGACGCCUGCGACGGACUCUACGACCACAUUGUGGCCAACAAGAAGUAG